CUUCUUCGUCGAGAGAGAGAGAGAGAGAGAGAGAGAGAGAGAGAGAGAGAGAGAAUCUCACCUGGUCUUUUCUACCUUCUCCUCUCUUCCCGCCGGACCGGUCCUAUCCCGGUCGAGCUCCUUCCAGAUCAUCAAACCGCUCCCCCAGCCAUGAAUCCUGAAUAUGAUUACUUGUUUAAGCUUUUGCUGAUCGGAGACUCCGGGGUUGGGAAGUCGUGUCUGCUUCUGAGGUUUGCUGAUGAUUCAUAUCUGGACAGCUAUAUUAGCACAAUUGGAGUUGAUUUUAAAAUUCGCACUGUGGAGCAAGACAGUAAAACCAUCAAACUUCAAAUUUGGGACACUGCUGGACAAGAACGUUUUAGGACAAUCACUAGUAGCUACUACCGUGGGGCACAUGGCAUCAUAAUAGUCUAUGAUGUGACAGACCAAGAAAGCUUCAACAAUGUUAAACAAUGGCUGAGUGAAAUUGACCGUUACGCCAGUGAGAAUGUAAACAAGCUUCUUGUUGGCAACAAGUCUGACCUCACUGCCAACAAAGUUGUGUCUUAUGAAACAGCUAAGGCAUUUGCUGAUGAGAUUGGGAUCCCUUUCAUGGAGACUAGUGCGAAAAAUGCUACUAAUGUGGAGCAGGCUUUUAUGGCAAUGUCUGCUGACAUCAAGAAUAGGAUGGCAUCUCAACCAAUGAACAAUGCAAGGCCACCAACGGUGCAAAUUCGAGGACAACCUGUCAACCAGAAUUCUGGUUGCUGCUCAUCUUAAUUGGAUUCAAUGCCUAUCUUCUGUGGCAUGCGCACAUGUAGGAGAAGGCUCCUCAUUCUUCUCUAAACUGUAGAUGACUACUUGUGCCUUCUGAAACUAUAUAUAAUGACUUGCCUGUCAGUAUGUUUUAUAAGUUACUCUUGAAUUUCAUUCUUUUUAGUCCUUAACUGGUAUGUACAAAAUGAUAUUUGAUGCUCAGCUACUUCUUUACAUUCUGUUUCAAAUGACUCAUUAAAUCGGAGUUAGUGUUUCGUGUGGAUGUUAUAUAAAAUUCUGGUUCUGGUGUUAGAUGGA